UUCAUACAAAUGGCUUCGUUGAGAGGCCCACAUUGAGGCCAUCAGUGAACUGUUGAUAUCCGUCGCAUGCAUUUAUGUGCUGUGGUCCACGUACGUAAUUCGUUGCUAAAGUUAAACAAUCCUACAGUGGCUUUUUAUAAAGACAUUCGUACAAAAUGAUGCAAUUCAUGUUGUUAUUUAGUCGUCAAGGCAAGUUGAGAUUACAAAAGUGGUACGUGGCUCAUCCGGACAAAGUCAAGAAGAAAAUUACCAGAGAACUCAUAACGACGAUCUUGGCGAGGAAACCAAAAAUGUCAAGUUUUCUAGAAUGGAAAGAUCUGAAAGUUGUUUACAAAAGAUAUGCUAGUUUAUACUUUUGUUGCGCGAUAGAGCAAAAUGACAACGAGUUAUUGACGCUGGAAAUAAUACACAGAUAUGUCGAGCUAUUGGACAAAUACUUUGGGAGUGUAUGCGAACUGGAUAUUAUAUUCAACUUUGAGAAAGCCUAUUUCAUAUUGGACGAAUUACUCGUCGGCGGGGAGAUCCAAGAGACGAGCAAGAAGAACGUCCUGAAAGCCAUAGCUGCCCAGGAUUUGUUGCAGGAGGACGAGGCUGUGGAGGGCGCACUCAGGGAGAUAGGGCUUUUGUGAACCCAAGAAACAGCAAAAAAAAACUCGACAAAAGCGACAAAAGCAACAAUUUCGAUCAAGAGAAAAUCGACUGGAACGAUUCAAGAAACGACCCCUUCACUCACACACUUCUUCACGAUGCCAUUAUACAUCAAAUUUACCAAUUCAACUGUCGUGUUUUUAUACGUAUUAAUCGAAAUUUUUCAAAAGAAUAUCAAUAUACUUUUAUACAUACACACACAUAAAUAUAUAUAUACACCCAGUAGCCAGGCCAAUUAUUAUACAUUUGAUAACAAUAUUAACCGUUUAUCUCGUCAACGUUUUUCUCGUCGAUCGUCAAAAUUGUUUUAGGUUUACAAUCAUUUAAAUUAGUUGGAUCAGUAAUGGGAUAAUAACAUUAGAUCACUGUUAGAGUAGCAAUCAAGACCGUACUGUGGCAAUAAAAAUUAGCACUAUUAAUUCGCUUGUUAAUGGUGUUCUUCUCAAGAAAAAGACUCGUCGAAUCGAGGAAAUAACAAUUGUAUCAUAGUAUUAGAAAUUAUUUAUUUUAAAUAGUAUUAGCCAAUUUAUGUACUUUAUAUAUAAAGUAGUAUUUAAAUAGUAUUUUGCAGAGAUUUUUACAUGUGUAUUUAUACGUGUGUAUAUAUAAACACAGUGUCAAUUUUCUAAUAUCGUUAUAACAUGAUUACCGAUAACACAGUGCUAGUAUGAUGAUAUAUAAUAAUAAAUGUGUACACGAAGAAUUUUCAA